GAUGAUGAUAAUGAUGGAGAGGAAGAGUUCUCAGGGAGUGGGCUGGAUCCACAGAAAGACCAACGCACAAGUUCCAGGUUGGACAUGUCUUGUAACGACCGCACCCAGGCAGGAGGAUUGGACACGAAAGACUUCAAGAAGUUGUUUGAGGAGGUGUCCAGAGAGAACAGCCAGCUCCAGGCCCAGCUGCAGGACACUCAGAGGGUCGUCAGUCAGACCCGAGUGGAGCUGGAGAAGGCAACGCAGAGACAGGAGCGCCUCAGUGACUGUUCAGCCCUGUUGGAGCUGGAGCGGAAGGACCGGCGGAUGUUGGAGCGGCGCAUGGCAGAGUUGGAGGAGGAGCUGAAGGUUCUGGUGGACCUGAGAGCAGACAACCAGCGUCUGAAAGAUGAAAAUGGUGCUCUGAUCCGAGUCAUCAGCAAACUCUCCAAAUAGGUCGAGAGACACAACUUCCAGGGAAUCCCCUCUCGCCCUUCAUCUAUUCAUCCAUCCACCACUCCGCCCCCCUUCUUCCAUACAUUCCUCCCAGUGCCAAAGAGUGAGAGGGGGAGAGCACUACAGUCUGAGCUGGGUUGUGACGCCUCCAUAUGAACACAUGCAGAUCUUCGUUGUGCCUUCAGUUGUCGGAGUAGAACCUGCGGCUUUGCUCAAAGGUUUCCACAGAGGCAACAAACCCAGUGACUGUGUGUCGUGGGACAUCGACGUGCACAGUCUCCAUGAGUGCAUUCAUGCAUCUUUGUUCAUAUUCCACUUAGCACACAUGAUAGAUGGGGUCUUAAAGCUCCCACUUUGUAUUUAUUUUUGUGAACACAUUCACAAAGUUUCCACACACAGUCCAAAUGUUUUUAGAGUGUUUGUCAUUGAAGCACGUUGCUGCCUUUAUACUCGUCCUGACGGCAGGGGAAGUCCAUGAAGCUCUGUGGGGUUGAUUUAUUCACAUGUUCAGUGUUUGAACCCACCUACCUCUCCACCUAUGCACGUCCCCACGCCUUGUUUGUUUUUGCGAUCACAGACAUAACUCCAUGCUCUUAUAAAAAAGAUCCCGGUCAGUCGACCGCAGCACUUUACUCUUUGCAAAGUUAUUAAACAUCUGUGAGCUUCUCCCGUCCUCCAGAAAGACAACCUUUACGUCCAGAGCAGCAUCUUCUCGGGCCUGCUCCUUUCUGGGGUUUGGCUGAAGCUCAAAGGUUUUCUGUCCUGACCCAUCAGGCUACAAAUGGGUUUUAUUGUUGCCAUUGGAAAAGAUUAUUUCAUAGUUUUUUAUUGUCUUAUAAAGAAGCAUGGUUUGGGAUUUAAAUGUUAGUCUUUAAUACUCUCUUUGAAGUAAAAACGAAAGUGUAGCUUUGCUUCACAUGUUGGUUUUCUAAUAUAUUAAAUGAAUGUUUGCACCCUAA